AUGGCGAAUUCUAGCACAUACGAUUUCUUCAAGUUAAAUGCUCAAUGUCUGAAACUCGAUCUGUCGAGCAACUCAUCGCCCUCCGUCGACCCUCGGUUGUUCUGCACCUUGCAGGCCCUCGGCGGCCACCAGAACACGCACGAGCAAGAGAGAGUCGCCACCAGAAGAUCCCUUACGGCCGCCGUCGGAUUCCCCCGCCAUCCGUCCGCCACAACCUUCGAGAUCGACGGGGUCCACAAAAUUGGUCGAUUAACAAAGAAGAUGAAGGGACGGUGUUGCUGUUUUACGAAGAAGAAGAAAGAAAAGGGGUUAGGGUUCUUUCUCUUGCUGCUAACACAAAAUAACGAAAGAAAUGAAAAAGAAAUGAGGUUAUUUUUGUAA